AAUUUAAAGGUUUUUGCAAUUCAAAUGAUAAAAUAUUUAUUGGAAAAGAAGUUUGAAAGAAAAUUAAAAAGAUUAACAGAUUUAACAAACAAGAAAAAGGUGGUAGUAGUUAAAAAGAAAACAAAUUAUGAAAUUGGUCAUGAUUUUGAAAAGAUAAUUGUUAAAUUAUUAAAUAAUAAUGGAUUUGUAGCUCAAUUAGUUGUAUUUCAACCAGGUGAUUUUGGUAGUAAUAUUUUCACAUCUUAUAAAAAGAAUUUAAUUAUUAUUCAAUAUAAAAAUCAAAUGUCUAAAUAG